AUGAAUAGAGAUCUCUCUUCUACUUCAAUUGAACCUGUACUUUCUGGUGAACCACCUCGCACGUCUUCAUGCAAUAGCAAUGAUUCUGCAGAGGGAAAUACCGAUGGUUAUUUAACACUUAGUCCUGCCAAGUCAUCAAAAACAAUAAAAAUUUGUACGCUAUGCGGUCGAUACAAAGGCUUUCGAAUGCGCCGUCAUGUAUUUAUUGCACUGUGUAUUAUGAUCGUCUUACUUAUUCUUCUUCUUGGUAUAUUAGUUGUACUCUAUGCAGUCGUUCCAGAAAUAAUUCGUUCACUUAUUGCUAAAGCUAAACUAGAUUUUCAUUCGGUCAAUAUUGAACAAAUUGAAAAUGAUCGUUUUCAUCUUCGAGCUCAAUUAGAAUUAUCACAUACCGGAUCCCUUCCUGCUAGUAUUCUUCCGCCACUUAUUAUUCAUGUAGAUGAUGUUGGAAUAGUAGUCCAUAAUGAAUCUAUUUCUAUUACUGGUGAUGCUGCUGGUGCGACUAUUAUUCCGAUUAGUUCUCCGUUUAUUGUGUCUGAUAUGAAAGCUUUUCGCAAUUUCUCUCGUUCUCUUAUCUUUGAACCUAAUGUUGUAUGGCAUUUAAAAGCUAAAGCUACUAUACGACCUAUCUCACGUCACAUGCUUUCUUAUUCGCACAUUCCAUUUAAUAAAGAAGUUACAUUAGGUGCUUUAAAUCGUCUUCCUAAUGUAAGUAUUGAUUCAUUAAGUUUAAUACGAUCAGAUGCACAUCGAGUACUUAUCGACCUUAUUAUCAAAAUUACUAAUCCAUCUAUAUUCAGUAUUGAUCUUGGACAACUCUAUUUCUCUUUGCAAUAUAAUAAUUGGUCAAUUGGUUAUGUUGAAUCAACUAGUGACAAUAUUACGAUUCAUCCAAGUGAAAAUGCCAUACAGUUUUUUGGGGAAUUACAAUCCUCAUCCUUGGAAUCUUAUGUUGCUCUUUCUACUGUCAUUCAAAAUUUUCUUACUGGUCAAACAAGUAAAGUUGAAGCAUUAGCUGGUCCAAAUGCUACAUCAUAUCCUCUUCUCGCAGCCGGCAUAAUAGGUCUUUCUUUAAAUGUUGAUAUGCCUCCAUUUAAUCAACAACUUAUUGUUUCAUUAAUAUUUAAUUCUAUGUCUCUUAUUCCGUCGACAAAUAAGAAAACAGUAAUGCUUUCAGCUUCAAUUACUAUUAAAAUAAAUUCUCCUCUUGGUCAAAAAUCUCCACUUAAUAUUCAAAUGAUGAAUAUGAGUGUUUUUCUUCUUUAUAAAAAUGAUUCUGUCGGUAUGCUUGAUGUUUCUCAAGCUCCAGUUAAACAACUAGAUAUCAUAACAUACGAAUCGGAAUUUAAUAAUAAAUAUUUAAGUCUGACUGAUACAGGUGCAACAUAUGAAAAAUUUACUCAAAAUUUUAUUAGUGCUAAUAAGACACAUCUAAUUGAUUUUCGUGUUGUUGGUGUAGCAUCUAUCGUUGGGUCGUUUGCUCUUGGUUCUUUGAGUAUUGAUGGAAUUACUGUCGAAAAUAACGUAUCUUUAGUAGGUCUCGACGGUCUUAACAAUGUUCAAGUUGAUAGCAUUUCUAUUGAUGGAGAAGAAGAAGCUGCCCUUCGCCUUUCAAUCAAUGCAACUAUUAAUAAUCCAGGUGUAACUGAAGUUCAACUACGGAAUUUUUCACUUCACAUGGCCGAAGGAGAAAAUGGUACCAUUCUUGGCCAAAUACCAAUUGAUGUUCUUGCUAUAAGACCAGGAAACAAUUCAAUUGCACUCAAUGGUCUUCUUGCUCCAUCACGUGAAACAGAUCUUCCAGUAAUUGGUAAAUUCUUUUCAGCAUAUCUUAAUGGUGAAACACAACAAGUGACACUUUUUCAUGAUCAAUCUUCUGUACAAAAUGCAACUGCGAUGGAUUUAACAAUAAGUGGCCUGUCAAUGAAAGCUAAUCUCGAUGGAAUUGAAACAGAAUUAAUUCGUCAAGUCAAUGUUCUUAAUUUUGGCAUCGAAUUUGAUUCAGUUCAUGUAAAUAAAGUUUAUAUAACAGGUCAAUUAUCAGUUCUAUUUGAAUUACCGUCUAAUGUUCACAUGACAUUUAGAGCAUUAAGAACUAGUAUUAAUUUUACUAUACGUUUAAAUGAUGAGCUAUGUAUAGGACAAAUGAUUCUUCGUGAUUUACCUGUUGAACAUAAUCAAACAACAAAUGAACUAUUUAUGAGUUUUAAUAAACAAGAACUUAUUGUUCUGAAUGACACAUUAUUUAAGGAAUUUGCUGCUAACCUUGUUCUUACAACUAAUGUAUCAAUUGUGAUUCAAGGCUUAGCUGCAGCACUUGCUGAAGUUCGAAUAGGAAAUAUUACCCUAUCGGAUAUUCCAAUAAAUGAUACACUUCAUCUUGUUGGUUAUAAUCAAUUCGAUAAUGGACUUCUAAAUAUUGAUAAUAUUGAUAUAAUUGGAGCUAUAUCAUCUCGUGCGCUUGCUCUUCAGAUAAGAACACAAAUUAUUAAUCCUUCUGUUGUUAAUAUUCUUAAUGGCGGUCUUCUUUCCCUUGAUUUAUGUGAUAUCAUAAGUGGUAAAUCACUUGGUUUAGUUAAUAUUGAUCCAUUCUAUCUUCAACCACAAGGUAAUAUUACUAUACUUGAUGCCGAAGGUAUCUUUAAUAUCACUGAACAAAAUGCUGCGAUAGCACAAGAAUUUAUUUCACAUAUGAUUUCUGGCAUUGACAAUCAAGUAGAAUUACGUGGUAGAUUAGAGGAUAAUUCAACUGGCACUUCUAUACCAUUACUCUCAUUAGCUAUUGCUGGUCUUCGUAUUCAUACACGAGUUCCUGGUCUUUCUGGAGAAAAAACACUUGUUCCAGAAAUUAUUCUUAAAAAAUUAACUGCUGCUGAAAUAUUUGGUAUUCCACUUGGUCUUGUCAAAACAUUAUUAACACGUAUUCGACUUGUAAAUCCUUUUAGUACACCUUUAGUUAUUCUAAAUAUGUACAUAAGAGCUGACUUCGGUCCUAUAGUUGAUGAAGAUCUACAAGUUGGCAUUGUUAAUUAUAAUACACCUCUUACUAUUGAUUCUCACCAAGAAUUAAUAACUCCUUAUUUAACUGUUCAACUUUCAGGUAAAUUAAGCACUAUGGUUGCUCUCUUAGGGCCUCUAUUGGCUGGUAGUGCUUAUCUUUCCCUAUCAGGCAAUAUUGAUGUUAGCAUUGGAGGUGAUUUUAUUUUAACUGAACUUCCACUGACUGUACUGAAUGUAACGACAGAUCAAGAGCAUUCAAGAUAA